GUGGUUCCACUUUUCAUUUAAGCUCAAAUGCUUUGCUGCCUCUUCUACAGCUGCCAGACUUGCUCCUGCUCCUGCUUCUGCUCAGGGAAAGACUGACAAGAUGAUGAGCUCAAGCUAUUGGAACGAAACCAGCAGCAGCUGCGGGACCCAUCAGCCUCCUGAGGUGCUACAGUGCCAGCCCCAGCAUUACUAUUGCCACCAUCAGCCAAGCCAAGCCCAACAGCCUUUAGAAAAAAAUGUAGUCUAUGAACGAGUGAGGACCUACAGUGGGCCUAUGAACAAGGUAGUGCAAGCCUUGGACCCCAUUGGUUCACAGGAAGCGCUCUCCACCCUCAAACCUGCCUCCUCCUACCAAAACUUGGUUUGGAGCAACCAUUCCCAGGAACUCCAUUCUCCAACGCUGAAAAUUUCAACUUGUGCCCCAAACAAUUUAUAUAUAACACAAAAUACUGAACAGGAACUCCAUUCUCCAACAGUGAAAGUUAUUACAUAUCCACAAACCAAUAUUAGGAGAUACAUAGUACAAAAUCCUGAGCAGGAACCAUUAUCUCCAUUCAUGAGAGGAAACCAUUUCUUCCCAGGAAAUAAUGUCAUUUAUGAAAAGACAAUAAGAAAAGUGGAAAAGCUGAAUACAGAUCAAGAAUACUAUCCUCAGGUUCAUUGUCAUCAUCACAUUGUCCAACAGCCCCCAAUCACCCACUCUUCACACUGUCAACAAUGCCAUUCCAGCCAACAAAUAAAAAGCAUUACAGAAAGUGAUUCAACUUCUACAAACAUUGGAAAUGAACUUUGCCAUGGUGGGUCAAGCCAGAUACAUGAGCAGGUUAUAAUUCAGGAUGAUGGCCCUGAAAAAUUGGACCCCAAGUAUUUUGGAGAGUUGCUUGCUGACCUAAGUCGUAAGAAUACGGAUCUGUAUCACUGCUUAUUAGAACAUUUGCAGAGAAUUGGAGGAAGCAAACAAGAAUUUGAAUCUACUGAUGCAUCAGAAGACAUUGAAUCACUGAUUCCUAAAGGAUUGUCAGAGUUUACUAAACAGCAAAUUCGCUACAUUCUACAGAUGAGGGAUAUGUCUGAUAAAUCACUCCGGCUAAUACUAUCAACAUUCAGUAACAUAAGGGAGGAGCUUGGACAUCUUCAAAAUGACCUGACAUCACUGGAAAAUGACAAGAUAAGACUUGAGAAGAACUUGGCAUUCAAAGAAUCUCAACUAAAAGAGUAUGAAGAACUCUUGGCAUCAGUGAGAGCAAAUAAUCGCCAGCAGCAACAAGGACUUCAAGAUUCAAGCUCAAAAUGCCAGGCUUUAGAAGAAAAUAAUCUUUCUCUUCGACAUACAUUAUCAGAUAUGGAGUACAAAUUAAAAGAACUGGAGUAUUGUAAAUGUAAUUUAGAACAAGAGAAUAAAAAUCUUAGAUUACAGGUUUCUGAGACUUGCACGGGCACAAUGUUGCAGGCUAAAAUGGAUGAAAUUGGCAAACAUUACAUGGAAAUGGUAAAAAACUUGAGACUAGAGAAAGACCGAGAGAUCUGCAAGCUAAGGUCCCAAUUAAAUCAGUACCAGAAAGAUGUUUCAAGAAGAGAAGGAAGCUGUAGUGAUUUUCAGUUCAAGCUUCAUGAACUGACAAGCUUGCUGGAAGAGAAGGAUUCCCUCAUAAAGCGUCAGUCAGAGGAACUCUCAAAGUUGAGACAAGAAAUAUACUCAUCCCAUAACCAAUCCUCCAGUGGUGGAAGGACUACUAUUACAACCAAAAAGUACAGGACACAGUAUCCAAUCCUAGGCCUCCUAUAUGACGACUAUGAAUAUAUACCACCAGGCAGUGACACACAGACAAUUGUGAUUGAGAAAACAGAAGACAAAUGGACUUGUCCAUGAAUGGAUCCACUUUAAAUGAUUAUAACUCAGAGAAGGCCAUGUCUGCAUUUUGUAUUUUAAUUGUUAUUGCUCUGUUGAUAAAGACCAAUCAAAGUUUUGAACCAUACCACUAUCCAGUGAAUCAAAUGGAAUGAUUUAAUUCUGCAGAUGAGUUUCUCCACCUAUUUAUGAGACUUGAAUCUUUUCUGUAACAUUUAUGUAUUCAGUAUACAUACAAACCAAAGAAGAAACCUGCUUGUUAAACUUUGAUUAGAGAUACUGUAGAACAUAAUCCACAAUUUUUCAGACAGGGUGCUUUCUAUAUAUUGAACUAAGUUGUAGGGGGCAGAGACUUAGCAGAUUUUCUCUGAUGUGAGAUACAUGAUUCUGCCGCAAGAUUUAAUAAUGUUUUUAACAAAAAGAGGCUAAAGUCAUUUGAAAAAAAUUUUAAAAUAGUUUAAUGCAUUAAAAAGAUGGUCUAAAUUUGCUUUUCUCAUAUUAAGCCUCUGACUGAAAAACGUUUUAUUGCAUGUUAUGUACAAUUCUUGGAAACAUAUCAAAGGUGAUAGUUAAUUUCAUUUAGCAGGGAAGUGGGAUAUCUUUUAAAAUAACUAAAUCUACUUAAUUUUAUAUUAUGCUACUUAGUCCUAAGUACAUGUCAGUCCCUUUGCAAGUCUGUCAUUUUGAAGCAUAUUUGCACUCAAAUUAGCCCACUUGCAUCCUUCAAAGCAUGUAACACUAUAUUGUAGUUGUAGGCAGAAACAAGGUAAACUUUUUCAUAGUGCCAUACAAACGUAAUACUUAAAUACUAUACAGAUAUAAAGGCUUAAGGCAUAAAUUAUAGAAACAACACGUAUUUGAUAGCUGUAUUCCACUUGGAAGAAAAACUUUACAGUAUUUAAUUUAUUCAAGUUUACAAAAAUAUUUCUUAAAUACAUUAUAAGAAUGAAUUUUUAAAAGAAAUUUCAGCCCAUGGCAGUUAAAAACUCAGCACUUUUCUGACUCAAUCUAUGGCUAGGGAAUUGAGGUUCAUGAAAAGCUCCUUACGCUACCUAACAUUUUUUAAAAAGUCAUACAAAAUUUAGCAGUACAGAGAACUGUAUUUUCAAAAUACGUAUUUGGCUUCAAAUUUGUGAUUGAGAUAAACAGAAAAGGUAGUGCUGUCAUUUCCUCUCACCAGUUUAAGGCAGCUUAUAUACGAAAAUUGCAAAUAUAUGAAAAAAGCAGCUUGUUUAUAUAAUUUGUAUUUUAUUGUUUUCACUUUAGACUUGUCAAAUAAAAUUGAUACUAUAAUAACAUGCAAAGUAAUUUGCUUAUGUAUCUGAAUAUGUUAAUAAUCUGCAUGUUUGUCAUGGAAGCUAGGGCAGGAAGAAUUACAGAUGGAUAUUUAGCUUAGCUUUCUAUUUUCAUCAGAGUUACUAUCAUGUGAGUAUUUAUUUUUCAACUAAAAAGCACCACUCUAAUAAAAGAACCAAACAAACCAUACAAGGACUUCCUGAUGUAAAAUACUACAGAUGGCACUUAACAUAGUUUGACCUCAAGUUGACUCAGAUCACUGUUUCAAAUUAGAAUUUCUUUGCUUAAAAAUCUAGUUUUUAUGGUCCACAACUUACUUAAUUUAGACAUAAGC